UUUAUAUUUAUAUAUAAUUUAAAUCUCAUAAAAAGAUGUCUUCAAUUCCCAUUCACCUGAGAUCUCUCUCUUUCUCUUUCCACAAAUACUCCAUCUAGAUCUAGAUAAUCAAAAACGUUUCAAUUCCCAUCCAAAAAAGAACAAUAAACUUCAAGUUCAAGAAGAAUUCCUCCCCCUUCCCAAAACACACAACGAAGAGGAAUAUCAACUCUAUCAACUUGCAUCAUACAUAACCCCACUACCUAUUUCCACCCCCUUCAACCUUUGUUUGGAACAAUAACUUAUUCUAAGAAUCAUCUCAACACAUCUACCAUUGACUCAUAUCUUCCGUCCAUACCUUUGAUCCGCCAUCAUCAUUUAUAGAUACCUUCAAUCCUUCCUGCACAAUUCCAUCAAACUCAUCGCGCCGAGCCUCUACCAGAAUCUCCCGCGACAAUCGCAAAAAAAUUAAAGGCAAACAUUUUCCAGCAUAGAGUAAACCAUUUAUCUUCGAGUUUGGCGUCGCACAUCUAUCCUCUGCUUGAAGUCGCUAGGGAGGCUGCAGGUAGCCUCGACUUUGGACCCGUGAAUCGUUUGCUACGGCACCACAAUACAGCUGCACAAUUUCCACUUCUACAUAACAGCUCACACUUCGACCUUCACUUCCCCCUUCACUUCCCCCUUCCAUCUACUUCUACAACGACACCUACACAUCUCGUAGAAGAUCACUUCCACGCCCAUCCCGGAUACACACCUCAUCGAAUGUAUUCUCCUCAUAUGUCUUCCACCAAUCCCCGAAAAAGAGCUGCACCGGGAGCCUCGUCUGCUAUUCAAACACCGCAGAUGCAACAAACAUAUAAUGCAGGUACCCAGCUACCCAGUGCCGAAUUCUUGCGCUGGAAUCAAAACUCUGAAUCUCAGAAUUUCGCAGAUCCAACCACGAGCAAUUAUAUGAAUAUGUUUGGAGCAAAUCCCGGUCUACCGCAAACGACCACUGGUUUCGACCAUUCCCUUGCCGCGCAAACUCAUUCCACACAAUUGGCUCGUCGACCGAAUGUCAAUAACAAUCGCCAACUUGUUGCGCCGCGGACGUACGACGGUUCGGGUGAUGCUUGGGGAGCUUUUGACGAUUCGAUGAUGGAUUUACAGAAUGGGCACGGGGUGAAUGGGGAAAAUGAUGAUAUUGAAGCGUUGGAGGAAAAGGCGGCUAUUGCCAAGAGAGAUGCUCAGUCAAAGAGAAAACAGAUCCCACCAUUUGUGCAGAAGCUAAGCAGCUUUCUUGACGAAUCCAAGAAUACGGAACUUAUACGAUGGUCUGAUCGAGGUGAUUCGUUUGUGGUGUUGGAUGAGGAUGAGUUUGCGAAAACGUUGAUUCCGGAAUUGUUUAAGCAUAAUAAUUAUGCCUCUUUCGUGCGACAACUCAACAUGUAUGGUUUCCACAAGAGAGUAGGACUUUCCGAUAAUUCGAUGAAGGCUAGUGAGAGGAAAAACAAGAGCCCGAGUGAAUAUUACAAUCCUUACUUCAAGCGUGGACAUCCAAAUCUUCUCUGGCUCAUUAAUAAACCGAAGGGUGGAACGAAUAAGAUUCGAAAGGAGGGAGGACCUAGGAGAGGGAAAGCUGAGGAGAUGGGAGAUGGAGAUAGUGAUGAUGAAGCAAGAGAUAUUGAAGAAUUUGGUCAAAAUAAUUAUACCAACAAUGCAGCCACCAAUCGAGCGAUAUCAGCCGCGCCAGAAUCUGGACCCUUACAACGACGAGAAAUUGCAGUUGUUCAGGGUCAGAUCUCUGAUAUUCAAAAACAACAGAACACCAUCUCACAAGCGAUUGCACGUCUGAGAAAGGAUCAUAAUCAACUCUAUCAACAAGCUAUGGCUUUCCAAAAUCUUCACGAACGUCAUGAGAGUUCAAUCAAUGCUAUUCUCACAUUUCUUGCUACGGUCUACAACAGAAGUUUGGAUGGACAGGGAGCUGAAAAUAUUACUCGGAUGUUUCAAACUGGGUUAAAUCAACAAGGUCCACAUCAACAACAAGGCAAUGUUGUGGAUAUUGGUGACCUUGGAACUCCUCAGCAGCAACCAGCGGCUGGGAGUGUUAGUCCGGUUGUUCGCAAAACACAAAAGUUAUUGACAGCAGGACCACCGGAACGAGAAAGUAGUCGGGUUACUGAAGCUUCAACGGCUGCUUCGAGUCCAAGAAAUCAAUAUUCUACUCCACGUUCUGGAACAGUUGAAGAACUUUUCGAAUCUCCUAGUGAUAGUACGACAACGAAGACCGAACCGCAAAGAGAUAUGUUGAAUAUUAUUCAAAACGCCAACUCACAAAGUCGACCGGAGAAUAAUGUUAUGGACUUUCCGGAUAUGCUCACACAUUACGAAAAUGCAAAUGGAAAUUCCCCGCUGACCUCGGAACAGCGCAGCAAUAUGCUUAAUAUCAUUGCUAGCACUUCGUCGGCUCCAGGUUCUAACAAUGCACUUGUAAGCCCGGCACCUCAAGCUCCUGAUCUAGCGCAAAUGGCCUAUACGCAAGCUGAGAUUGAAAACUUGAUGGGAUUACAACAACAGCAAAGUGAUCGUAUUGCAAGUCUUUCCGCAAAUCUUACGCCUCUCAGUCCUUCGGGUUCUAUUCCUGGUGUUCAAGGCGACUCCUUUUAUAGUGGAGGGAGUCCGGGCAAUCCGAGUUUUAACUUUGAUGAUUUUGGCAAUGGAGUUGAUGGAAGUGGGUAUGGUGGUGGAGAAAGUCAUUUUGAUGUUGGUAUGGAUGGUGUGAAUGAUGGGAGUGUGAAUGGUACCGGCUCGAGUGGGAAUGGAGCGAGUAGGAUUGUCGAGACGGUGGCGAGUAGUGAGUCGACGAGUCCGGCGGAUGAUGGGAUGGGAGAUGGCAAUGGGAAUUCGAAUGGAAAUAGUAAUGAGAAUGACAACGCGAGUAAUAAGCGGAGGCGGAAGAUUUGA